AUUACUACUAAGUUUAGCAACCAACACGGCCUGAGGUGACCAGAAAUGGGUAAUUCCGAUUACGCAUUCCCCUCCAAAGGCGACUGUGCUCAUCGCGUGGCGAUACCACCGCCACAGCCAUUUUAUAAGUCACUCAAGAGAUCCUUGAAAGAGACCUUUUUCCCAGACGACCCACUUCGCCAAUUCAAGAACCAACCACCCUCUCGGAAGUUCAUAUUGGGUUUGCAGUACUUCCUACCCAUUCUCGAAUGGGCUCCCCGCUAUACUUUCCAGUACUUCAAAGCCGACCUUAUCGCCGGGAUCACUAUCGCCAGCCUUGCCAUCCCUCAAGGGAUAAGUUACGCCCAACUGGCCAACUUACCGCCCAUCCUUGGUUUGUAUUCGAGCUUUGUCCCGCCGCUGGUGUACGCCAUGAUGGGGAGUUCAAGAGAUUUGGCGGUGGGGACUGUGGCUGUCGCAUCACUCCUUACGGCUUCUAUGUUGGGUAGCGAGGUGAAUGCUAAUGACAAUCCAACUCUGUAUCUUCACCUCGCUUUCACGGCAACAUUCUUCGCCGGAGUUCUUCAAGCUACCUUGGGGAUCCUAAGGCUUGGGUUUAUUGUGGACUUCCUGUCGCAUGCAACAAUAGUGGGUUUCAUGGCCGGAGCAGCCACGGUUGUUUGUCUUCAACAGCUGAAAGGGAUCCUUGGUUUGGAGCGUUUCACCCAUGGAACUGAUGUUGUUUCUGUGAUGCGUUCUGUUUUCACCCAAACACACCAGUGGAGAUGGGAAAGUGGUGUCUUGGGCUGUUGCUUCCUCUUCUUCCUCAUCCUCACUAGAUAUAUUAGCAAGAGACGACCAAAGUUCUUCUGGAUAUCAGCCAUGGCGCCGCUUACUUCUGUCAUUCUGGGAAGCCUCCUCGUCUAUCUCACCCAUGCUGAAAAUCACGGGGUCCAAGUGAUAGGACACUUGAAGAAAGGGCUGAACCCACCGUCUUUGACCGAUCUGGCUUUUGGGUCGCAGUAUGUGACGUUGGCCAUGAAAACCGGAAUCGUCACGGGUGUCAUCGCUCUCGCCGAAGGAAUCGCUGUGGGGAGAAGCUUCGCUAUGUUCAAGAACUAUCAUAUUGACGGGAACAAAGAGAUGAUUGCUUUUGGCAUGAUGAACAUCGCUGGUUCUUGCACUUCUUGCUACUUGACUACAGGGCCGUUUUCGCGAUCGGCAGUUAACUUCAACGCAGGAUGCAAGACAGCAGUUUCCAACAUUGUGAUGGCCACUGCAGUGAUGAUAACACUGUUGUUCUUAACGCCAUUGUUCCAUUACACACCUCUUGUGGUGCUCUCCUCCAUUAUUAUUGCUGCAAUGCUUGGCUUAAUCGACUAUGAAGCUGCCCUCCAUCUCUGGAAGGUCGACAAGUUCGACUUCGUUGUGUGCAUAAGUGCAUACAUCGGUGUGGUUUUUGGCAGUGUUGAGAUCGGCUUAGUCAUUGCGGUCGCACUCUCAGUGCUUAGAGUACUUUUGUUCGUAGCAAGACCAAGGACCACUGUUCUGGGCAAUAUCCCAAACUCCAUGGUUUAUCGAAGUGUUGAGCACUACCCAGUUGUAGAUAGUGUUCCAGGAGUCCUCAUACUUAGAAUUGAUGCCCCCAUCUACUUUGCCAAUGCAAGCUACUUGAGAGAAAGGAUCUCGAGAUGGAUAGAUGAGGAGGAAGACAAGCUAAAAUCAUCAGGAGAAGCCAGCUUACAGUAUAUUAUACUUGAUAUGGGCUCCGUAGCUAACAUCGAUACAAGCGGGAUCGGCAUGCUUGAAGAAGUCAAAAAGAUCAUUGACAGAAGAGGGCUCAAGCUGGUUCUAGCAAACCCUGGAAGUGAAGUAAUGAAGAAGCUAGACAAGUCCAAGUUCCUCGAUGAAAUUGGCCAGGAAUGGGUCUAUCUAACGGUUGCAGAGGCAGUGGGAGCAUGCAACUUCAUGCUUCACUCAUGCAAGCCAGCCCCUGCAACUGACAACAAUGUGUGAAGACGAAGCAAAUUGCCUAGAUUUAUUCGGGGUUCACGGCAAUACGUGCGUGGCAAUGCCUAUGGCAUCUAAAUCAAUGAGGAUUGAGGAUUAACACAUCCAGCCAGAGGAAGGGAAAUUGAUUUAAAACAAAGCCACCUUAUUCUGUAGAACUCGAUCGGGAGGCUUUCUUCUACGAAUCUUUUGUAAUGUGUAGGAAAUCUUAUACAUACUUGUAAUUUAGUUUAAGUUUUUUUUUUUGAAUUUUGAGAGUGGUGGUUAUCACUUGUCAGGGGCCUCGGUGGCUGGUGACUGCCCUCCUCAAUCCUCAUGUGAUGUAUGUAAUGAGAAUCAGCUUUAAGCAGAAUUUCUUUCGGGCAUUAUUCAGAGGAUUGUCUUCGGUUUGGGGGCAUAAAUUACCAUGGCUAAAUGCUUUUGAGAGUUUUA